GUUUUCAGAUGGUAUCUCUGGUGGAGUUCUCCAAGGUGACAGAGGAGGGAGUACAUUUCUGUUCUCCUUAUGAUGGCAAGCAGAUCCUGCUAACACCAGAAAAAUCCAUUGAAAUACAGAAUGCUCUUGAUCCCUAAAAGUGAUACUGUCAGCCUCCACCUUUACUGCUUUGGCUGCCAUAGUAACGGGAGUGGGGAGAGCUAGGUAGCAUGGGGGGGAAGUGUGCUGGAGGAAUCUGGAGAAAUCGAAAGCGAUAGUUAAGCCACCGGACUGUAUCUUUGAAGCUGCUGUCGGGUCAACGGUCAUGGCAUUCCUGAUUGAUGACGCUGCCAGACGUGUGCUUCCACUUGACCCCUGGGAGACCUUUGGAUUGGAUGAUUUACGGUGGACAGCGGGAGGGGAUGCUUUCUAUAUGCAAUUUUCGCGCUUAUUGCCUUAGAUUCUGCUCUACUUUGGUUGCGUUCACUUCAUUUUCUAGUAAAAGUACCUUUCUCUAUAAACAAUGGAGUUUGAGUCAUUCUUUUCUGGACUUUGAAGGAAGCACACCUGACAUUAAGCAGAAUCUAAUCUCCAGCCAUCCCAGAUAAACACCGAGGGGGCUGAACCCAAAAUAUGUCUGAUCAAGAGAGUGAAGGAGAUCAGAUGGGAACUUCUGGCUCUACUAUAACUGCACUUCAAGCAGAGAAGGAAGCUGCGGAAUGGAUGGAAAAAAUUUAGCUGAGAGAGGAGCCAGAGGAAGCUAGAUGGUCAAGGGGAGUAGGAAGGUUGCCGGACCUGGGGAGGACCCCCCAAGGAGUAACCAGCUCCAGACCCCGUAAGGGAGAGGCAGUGUGGCUGCAAGAGCAAAAGGAGAGCCUCAUGAUUGCUCAAGCGAUGCAACUCCUCCGCGAUGCCGAGGAAAGCCAGAAAAAACGUGAGUCUUAUAUAUUCCCUGUGGGGAAGGGAGGAGACUACCCCAGACUGGAUCCAGAAGAGACAGCCUGUGGGGGAGAGGAAGAGGAAGCUGGGGAAGAAACAUCUCAGGCUUCUGGAGCUCAAGCGAGGGAUGCAGCAGCCCAGGGACCCCCAACCUUGCAGGCCCCACCCUGCAGGUGCAAAAAGCCAAAAAUUCCCCCCCUAACUGGAAAAUAUGAUGGGAAUCCGAAGACCUUGGGGCUUUUCUUGACCCAAGUGUGGAACCACAUGCAGGACUGGGGGGAGGAUUACUUAUCAGAUGCGGCACGAGUGAGAUGCGUCACAAAUGUCUUAGAGGGAGUAGCAGCUGAAUGGAUGGUGGUUCUCCACAAUAAUAAUUCCCCCUUGCUGAGGAAUUACAACCUGUUCAUGAGGGCUCUUAGGAGGCUGUUUGAAGACCACCUAGCUGAGCGGAAAGCGAGACUCAGAAUGAAGAGUAUCCAGCAGGGCCGGAGAUCGGUGGCAGACUACACCCAAGAAUUUCGCGAACUGGCACCCUACAUGACAGAGUGGUCAGAAGCAGCCCUACUGGAGAGUUUUAAGGAUGGACUGAAUGAAGACAUAUACAAAGACUGUAGAGCACGGGGGGCCGAGGGGGCCGUGCAGGGGACCCGUCAUCCCCCUUCUACCGCAAAGGAGCACAAAGGUGGGCGCGGGGAGAGCAGAAUUCAAACCAAAAUCGAAGCCCUUCACAUUCUUCAAAUGUGGAAAGGAAGGCCAUCGGGCCGCCAAAUGUUUCUCCAAGCCAGUGCCAAAAUCUACUGGCUCGGGACCAAAGAAGGCUGACAAAGCACCCGCAAAAGCUCGCGAAACCGCCCUGAAAGGAGAAGUCGUUGAGUUCGCUCCCCGAAACCAGGGUGAGUUGGGAACUCCGACCACCGCGGACGACAGCGGGACGGACUCCAACUCUGAUGAUCUGGUGAGUCACACUGAGGGCCCCAUGCUCAUCCCCAUAGAAAUAAGGGUGCCGUCCACAGGGGCACAUGCGCAGAUGUUAGCCCUAUUAGACUCUGGGUGCACCAGGUGCAUAAUCACCCUGAAAGUCAUGGAGAAAAUGGGCCUGAGGCUAAAAACGUUAAAAAGGCCCAUUGCAUUCUGUCAGUUGGACGGAUCGAUUGCAGGAGGGGACCCAGCCAGCUUUGUGACCGAACCCAUUGAAAUGCAAUUGGGGGAUCACGUAGAGACCCUCAGUUUUAUUGUGGCCCCUGGAUGGAACGACCCCUCAUACUUGGACUGCCCUGGCUCCGUAGAUGGAACCCACGUGUUAACUGGAAAACGGGGGUUUUGCACAUUCGCACGGAAAAUUGAGACUAGAGAGGGAAGAAAACCCCCUGGAGGACGGAGUAGAACACGAAAGGGCGGAAGUGACAAUAGGCCACAUCGAAGGGGAGGAAAAGAUUCCAAAGGAGUAUUGGGAUCUCCGAGAAGUUUUUAGUGAAAAGGCCUCGGAUGUGCUACCCCCCCCCCCACAGAGCUACGGACUGUACCAUUGAAAUACUCCCCGGGGUGAAGCUCCCUAAGCCAAAGAUCUACCCCAUGACCCCUCGAGAACUAGGGGAAUUGCGAAAAUUCAUUGAUAAAAACCUAGAACGGGGUUUUAUCCAGACCAAGGGUGGUGGCGCCUGUAAUGUUCUGAGAAAAGAAAGAUGGCUCCUUUCGUUUGGUAGUUGAUUAUAGGAAUCUCAACGCUAUUUGCGUGGAAAACGUUUACCCCCUGCCGCUCAUGAAGGACGUGCUAGCACUCUUAGGAAAGGGGAAAAUUUUCACCAAACCGGACUUACAAGAGGCAUACUACAGAGUGAGAAUUAAGGAGGGGGAUGAAUGGAAAACAGCGUUUAACUGUCCACUGGGAUGUUUCCAGUUUCAAGUGCUCUCUUUUGAACUACAAGAAGCCCCUGCUGUGUUCAUGCAAUUGAUAAAUGAGGUACUGCAUGAGCACCUGUAUAAGGGGGUGCUGGUUUACUUGGAUGACAUUGUUAUCUACUCUGAGAGCAUGGACGACCAUGUGAAAUUGGUGCGAACUGUCCUGAAAAAACUCAGGGCUGCUGAACUAUAUGCCAAACUCUCUAAAUGCGAGUUCCACCAAAGCAAAAUUGACGAUCUUGGAUAUCGCAUAUCGCAUGAGGGAAUAGAGAUGGACCCUGGAAAAGUUCGGACAGUAUUGGAAUGGGCCGCGCCACGCACCCGCAAACAACUACAAAGUUUCCUCGGAUUUGCUAACUUCUAUAGACAGUUUAUCCCCUCGUUCGCCAAAAUCACGCUGCCAAUAACAAAUCUUCUGAAAACAAAAGGUGAAGUAAAACCAAAUCCCUCACGAGCCCUUGAAUGGACUAUGGACUGUCAGGCGGCAUUCGAAAAGUUGAAACGCUUGUUUGCUGCUGAACCAAUCCUCAAACAUCCAGACAUGGAAGAGCCUUUUGUAGUACAGGCUGACACGAGCGACGUGGCAGUAGGAGCAGUACUUCUGCAGAAGAAUGCAGAAGGGAAAUUACAACCCUGUGCCUAUACGUCCCGCAAAUUGUCAGAGACCGAAAGGAGAUGGGCCAUAUGGGAGAAGGAAGCUUUUGCAGUGCAAUGGGCAUUGUUAACGUGGAGACAAUUUCUUGAAGGAGCUAAGCAUCCUUUUGAAGUUUGGACUGACCAUAAAAACCUGGAGGCUUUGAAAACACCGUGUAAGCUGUCACCAAAGCAAGUUCGCUGGGCUCAACACUUCAACCAUUUUAAUUUCACUUUAUGCUACCUUCCUGGUGGAAAGAACUUCAUGGCGGAUGCACUUUCCAGAUUGCCUCAAUACAACAGUACCAAGGAGGAAGUGGUUCGGCCUAUCAUACCUGUGACACAACUAGCAGCGCCAGUAACUACCAGAGCACAGAUGAGGGCUGAUCCAGCCCUCUCGGGCGAUUUGCUUCAUAAACUACAAGAAGCUCUAAAGACUGACGAGUGGUUUCGAACCCACUCGAAUGAAUGUACACUCUGUGAUGGACUAGCGUGGAUUGGGGCCAAAUUGUAUGUUCCGGCCAGUUUAAGAGUAACGGUGUUGCAGCACGCUCAUGACGCCAAGACGGCGGGACACUUUGGAUUUGUUAAAACUGUACAUCUCAUUAAAAGACAAUUCUGGUGGCCUGCACUCAAAAAAGACAUAGAGGCAUAUGUAGCUAGCUGUCCGGUGUGUGCCUCAGCUAAGAGACCUCCGGGGAAGCCACCUGGUUUACUUCAGAGUGUGGCAAGGCCAAAUGCUCCUUGGAAAGAGAUAUCCAUGGAUUUGAUUGUAGACGUGCCAGAGAGUGGGGGGUGCACAGUCAUUUGGGCAGUAACGGAUUUGUUUUCCAAACAAGUACAUUUCAUCCCUUGUUCAAAAAUCCCUUCAGCUAAAACCCUUGCAAAAUUGUUUAUUCAACAUGUUUAUCGAUUACAUGGGGCUCCAAAAGGUAUAAUCUCAGACAGGGGUGUGCAAUUUACCUCCAACUUUUGGAAGGAGUUUUUGGGGUUAAUAGGGGUUAAGCUCCGCCCACCACCCCCAGACAAAUGGGGCUUGUGAGAGAACCAAUGCCGUGUUAGAACAGUACCUGAGAUGUUACAUAAAUUACCAGGAAGACAACUGGGUGGACUUAUUGCCAUUUGUGGAGGUGGCGUAUAAUAACUCCAUACAUAGUAGCACCGGUGUCACUCCAUUUAAGGUGGCCUCUGGCCAAGAGUUUGUACCAAUCCCAGAGCUACCACAGGAUAACCCACAGAACCCCUCUUUAAUUGAGUGGAUCGAACAGCUACGGGGUAGUUGGGCAGUAACUCGAAAAGCUUUAGAUGAUGCACACCGAGCACAUAAAGCCCAAGCUGACAAAAAGAGGUGCCCGGCACAUAUGUACAAAGUGGGUGAUAUGGUUUAUCUUUCCACCAAAUAUUUACAGAUUUCCCAGAAAUCAAAAAAGCUCGGACCAAAGUAUGUGGGCCCUUUCCUAAUCACUAGACUCAUCAACCCAGUCACAGUUGAAUUGGAAUUGCCAAAAAAAUUGAGACGAAUCCACCCUGUGUUUCAUGUUAGCUUACUGAAACCGGAACAUAUGUCCACUUUGUGUCCGAACCAGGACUCUCCUCCGGUCUCCAUACUGAUAGAAGAGAAACAACAUUUUGAAGUUAAGGAAAUCUUGGAUUCUAGGAAGCAUCACGGUAAAGUGCAGUAUUUGGUGGCCUGGAAGCAUUUUCCCAUUAUCUCAAGCUGAAUGGGUGAAUAAACGUGAUGUCCGGGCGCCAAAGAAAGUUCAGUUGUUUCACACCAAAUAUCCUGAUAAACCCUAAUUUCUGUGUUGUGUUGUUUUCUCUUUCC